GUCCAUAAAUUACCAUAUAGCAUAUAUUCAACACAAAAACAGCGACAAUUUGCUGUUGACAAAGGACAGCUGGACAUACAAAGGCCCCCAUUACCUUCAGUAGCUUAGGGCCUCAUCAAACCUAAAUCCGGCCCUGCACCAAACCAUCGUAAUUUCCUUACAUAAAAUAUAACAUUAACUUAUAAACACACUAAUGAAAGCUACAGACCUGUAGGAUUACAAAUAUAUUAAAAUUCAGUAGUUAUAAGCACAAUGAUGUCCAUCCAUUAUCUUAAGCAUACAAUGGGCAAACAAUUCAGUAUAAUCAAAUAUAAUAUCCUUGCGAAGUCAGAAUUCUAAAGUAGUAUUCUACAAAAUUUUAAAUAAGUUGGUAUUAGAACCCCCUCAAAAGCUUACUGGGUCCCGAACAUCAAAUAAUUCCACAGCUAAAGCCAUCUGCUUUCUAGGGAAAUUAGAAAACAGCCUUUUUUCCUGGGAUGGAAAUGCUUUUUUGGGGAUGGAAAUGCUUCAACCUGUACAAAGCAUUCACAUGACUUGUGGCCUGUUGCAUUCCAGUGUUUUCAGAGUAAUUCCCCCAUGAUUCUACCCACAAAUUAUCUGGAGUAGAUAUUCUGAGGAGAAAUUAUUCCAAGAGUGCUCUUGAGCUCAUGUCCUGCUUGGAGGCUUCUAGAAACAUUAGACUGCUGAACUGGAGCAACCUUCAGUCUGAUUCUUUAGGACAAAAUCCUAUGUUCUUUUAAAAAAUGUUUUCACUCAGCUCUUCUGCCUCAAAGGCUCCCAGAACAGCUGACACAGGAUCCAUAAAAGCAAGACAGUGGCCUGGUCCACAUGUUGCACUAAGCUAAACUAUGGCUCUAAUGUGACUGCAAGAGUGUGCUGGGUCCCAGGGAGGAGAUCAUGGUUGAGUCGGUCCGUAUUUUACUGCUGCAUUGCACUGAUCUAAGCAAUGACUUGGCAUAGCACAAGGGUGCUGAAACUUUUCCAGCCUGAGGAUCCUAUUCCUUCUGAUCAACCUUCCAAGGAUCACAUGCCGGUGGUGAGCAGAAAAGUGAGUGGAGCCAUGAAUGUAAUUUUUGCCUUUGUACAGAAGGCUAGUUUCUACACAAGCACAUGCACCCCUCACUAUCUUCCAUGCAGGCAAGCAAGAAGCAUUAUCAGAGUUAAGGACACAUUUGAGGUACGAAUCAGGGCCAGCGAAGAUUGUGGUUGGGAAGAAUCCUGAGAGGCCUAGAAGGCCAUGUUUUCAGGUACUAUGCGCAGAAAGAAUUCAGGGAACGCCUGGUGCUUCAUCUCCAUCUUGUGGCUCAAAGGAGAAGUGAAUGAAAUUGCAAUUUUUUUUUUUUUUGCUAUUUUACCUCUCUUACGAAUAGCGCACUAUACUCUUAUACCAUUCUAACAGCCAUGGCUCCCCACCCCAAAGAAUCCUGAGAACUCUAGUUUGAGGUGCUGAUUUUUAAAAAAAUUAUAGGGCUUUUAAAAAUUGAACUUUAAGAAAAGACAACAACAAAAAGAAAUAUAGUCAAGGAAGUCAUACUAAACCACAAUGAAACAAAGCAACAGCUUUAUGCAGGAGGGGUGUGUGUAGCUGGUGGUCCAGGCAAACACAGCGUUCAGUAACACAAAUAGAUCUGAACAAAAUAAAAAAAAUUCCUUCCAGUAGCACCUUAGAGACCAACUAAGUUUGUUAUUGGGACCCAGGUUGCGAUGUGGGUUAAACCACAGAGUCUAGGGCUUGCUGAUCAGAAGGUCGGCGGUUCGAAUCCCUGCAACGGGGUGAGCCCCCGUUGCUCGGUCCCAGCUCCUGCCCACCUAGCAGUUCGAAAGCACAUCAAAGUGCAAAUAGGGACCGCUCCGGCGGGAAGGUAAACGGCAUUUCCGUGCGCUGCUCUGGUUCGCCAGAAGCAGCUUUGUCAUGCUGGCCACAUGACCCGGAAGCUGUCUGCAGACAAACGCCGGCUCCCUUGGCCUAUAGAGCGAGAUGAGCGCCGCAACCCCAGAGUCGGACACGACUGGACCUGAUGGUCAGGUGUUCCUUUACCUUUAAGUUUGUUAUUGGUAUGAGCUUUUGUGUGCAUGAUCUGUAUAUGGUAUCCACUUAUCUGAAAAUCUUCCACUUGUGCUUGUUGAAGGUCAUCUCAUAUGCUGGGAGUUGUUAGUUGUCAUCUCAUAAGGGUGCUGGGAGUUGUUAGAAGACCCUCCUCACAGAGCUACAAUUCUCAGCACCCCUGGCAAACAGCAAUUCCCAGGAUUAUUGGGGAGAUUUUGCUGUUAAAGCGGUGUAAGGGUGUAAGAGUACUUUAAAUAUAUGGUGUUGGUGUCUGUUUACAAGUCAAAAGUCAAUCCUCCAAUCAACUGUAGCAACAUCACUCCGGUAAUAUCAGUAGCCACAUUGGAAUCUCCCAGAGAGGGUUUUUUUUUUUUUUUAAUGAAAGGCAGUUAAUUCUGAGUCUCUCAAGACAAAGAAGAAUUUUCUUCCGCCUUCUGGAAGGAAAGUUUUCAGCUGCCUGCCUGCUUCAUUGCGGCCUGCCAGGCUUAAAUCGGCAGUGAGCUUCGGCACACCUUGUAAGGCACAAACUCUUUCUGGUGCAUGGCAGUAGGGGCUGCUUCUCAGGCUUCCUACUCCCAGGGCCUGUUGGGUGGGGCCUGCCUUAGUCACAAGGAGUCACGAAAUGGUGGCAGAACUAAGCACGGCUGACAUCUAAUCCACCUCACAUCUAAUCCACCUUGGGUUCUCCCUCUCCUUUUUGACCCAGUGAUUUCCUGUCUUGUGGUAUUGUGACUCGGCCUCCCCAUUUUAGGCAGAUUUUGGAAGUCCAUAAGCUCUUAAACGAAAAGAAAAGGCUUUUCUUUUUUGUAUCUUUUUCUGUUCCCGGCCCCACAUCUCUCUUGAGGUGGCCAUCUGUGAUUUCUUCUCCCGUUCUUUCCGAAACUCGGCUUCUACCUUAUCCCCCGCCUCCCCCCCCCCAGCCCUUUUGUAUUCACUUUCUGCUUCCAUAAUUGCAUUCCUCUCUUAUACUCUUCAUUUCUAUUCCAAGUUUGUUUGAUUGUUUAUUAAAUAAAACAACAACAAUUUAUUAUUUAAACCCCACCCAUCUGGCAAUACAGCAAUCUAAACAUUAAAAGCCUCCCUAAACAGGGCUGCCUUCAGAUGUCUUCUAAGAAUCUGGUAGCUGUUUUUCUCUUUGACAUCUGAUGGGAGGGCGUUCCACAGGGCGGGCGCCACCACCGAGAAGGCCCUCUGCCUCGUUCCCUGCAACUUGGCUUCUCGCAACGUGGGAACCGCCAGAAGGCCCUCGGUACUGGACCUCAGUGUCCGGGCAGAACGAUGGGGGUGGAGACGCUCCUUCAGGUAUACUGGACCGAGGCCCUUUAGGGCUUUAAAGGUCAGCAACAACACUUUGAAUUGUGCUCGGAAACGUACUGGGAGCCAAUGUAGAUAUUUCAAGGCCAUAUGGCUGCUGCAGUUACUAAACACACACACACACACAGAGAGAGAGAGAGAGAGAGAGAGAGAGAAACCAAAACCGUUCUUCUCAUUUCCUUCAGCCUCUCAUCUGGCCCCCUCUCCCCUCAGUUGGAGGGCAGACCUUCCUUUCCUCUUCUAAACUUAGCUUUUCUGCCAACCACCUUAGCUCAACAUGCAAGAGGUUGCCAGCGCUUCCUUUGCUCCAACCAAAAGGCUGCGGGGCACUGAGGCCUCACUGGAAGUGGCUCAAGGCCCCCAUUUGAGCAGCACUGCUGUAAACCCUCUGGAAAGCCUCAGAUUGCCAUGUGGUAUGAAGGGCUGCUUCUCAACAAACACAGGCCAGAUACUGUCUUGGGCCUGUGGAACUAAUAGUGCAGUUGUUUGGAUACUAGCCGCUGUGUAUGUUUUACGUGUUCACUUUUAGAGGAAACAAAAACUGAUUUUCUAAAGGAGGUUUAACACUGGACAAAGCAAUCUUAAACCAUGGCAGAGUGACAGAUGGACUGCUGUGUCCCAAACCCUAACGCUCACACCACUGAGGUGGAGUGGCUUUUUCCCACAUCACCAAACACAGAACUAUUUCACAGCUGGUAGGAGAGCUACCAGUGAUAGCUUCCAGUUCCCUCUGUGCUGGCAAAGUCCCAGCAGGUGGUCUCCUCAACCUUAUAAUAAUCCCCUCUAGAAACACGGAUAAAAGGGUGAGGAUAGCAUCUCUUUUAUGAUUACAUCUCUUUUAUGAGUUCUGUAUGCACCGUGCAGCCGUGUCAAAAUGCACACGCCUCGGCUAUUAAGCCCUUCCUGUUAGGUGGUAUCAGUGUUGAGAAAAGAUUUGUGAGAGAUUGAGGUUCUAUGGGAAAAUAUAUUUCUGGCAUCCAGGCUCCUAUCUGGACUAGAUGUUGCCAAUCUUUUCUUUCUGUGGGCACUUCUGGAAAUUUAAGAAAUGUCAUGGGCCCCACGCACACACCACAACCUGUGACGUUGGCUACAACAGAAUUCUUCUUUCAAGCCUGAUUUCAGUGGGGCAAAGGGACUCCAAUGGCGUCAGGGAGGGCCUUUGUGUGCACAUGUGAACCUGCAGUCACUGGAUUGGAAACCCCUGGUCCGGGGAGUGGAAUGGUGGCGACCUCAUAGCUUUAAAAGUCUUAACUUAUGAAAAUCCAGAUUCUGUGACAAAAGUUCUGCACCAGAAAAAGCAACCUGUAUAAAUCAAGCAUGUAGUGCAAGUGUGCAUUAGUUGUCCCAUUUUAAAAAUAUUUUCUGCAAGCCAUAGCAUAGAACAAUAUUUUCCGCACAGAACCACAUUCACACCUGAAUUCUGCAAACAACAUAAAUGACACACAAUAAAGCAUGUGUUUGUAUAUUUUUCUAUUUGCAUAAUUUAGUCUGCUUCCACUAACCAUGGUGAGGAGAAUUCAGGGCACAGAAAUGAUAAAUCCUGGCUACUGGAAAUCACACCAAGCCAGUCUUUGGCUUCCAGUAUUUCACCAGAUAUUGCCUAUUCACUUUUACAGUCCCACCCCCUCUGAAUAAGAGCUAGAAUAUUACCAAGAAGAAAGGUGGGAUACUCACAAUUCGGCACACUAUUCUGAACGCUAUGACUCUCUAGUUUUCAUCUGUAAGCAAUGGUAUCUCCUGGGUAAGAAGUGGUCUGGGUUGGCAGGAAGGAAUAAUCGGCAGCUCUGCUAGUUACUUCCCCGUGGAAUGCAUAAGCUGAAUGUCAAGCAGGCUGUGAGCAUGUCGGAAGUUAUUCUGUGCUGUUUUGUGUGUGCGUGUGCGUGUGUGUUAGGCACUAUGGUAACACCACUGGCUAUGACACCUCAGUAACUUUUUGUAGCUACAGAGCUGACAGAGUAAAAAUUAUUGUUAGAGGAGGAAAAAUAAACUAGAUUAUUUCAUCUAGAUCAGACUAAAGUAAGAAUCUGCAUGUAAUGAUACAUUUAUUCUAAUGUACUGAAUGGUUGCAUGCAGAGUUGCUGAGAAGAUGAAGAUGACAUGGAUUGACCAAGGAACAUGACAUUUGUAUCUUCUGACAUUCGGCACAGUGGAACUUGAUUGAUCAGGCUUAGCAUGGGAACAGGUGCCUCCAUUUCGAUCUGUCAAUCGUUAUCCUCUGUAGAAAUUAAGUACUGUAGAAAUAAAGUUGGACCACAACCUCAGAGAACUUUUGGCAUUCCUCUUGACUACUCUGCCCAAGAUGAAACUCAAUAUCCUGUUCCUCCCAUUGUCAAGCACUUGGUGGGAUAUUUAGAAGAGUUUGGUCUGAAUCACAAAGGCCUAUUUCGGAUCAGUGGCUCAGUGACCAAAAUCAAAGCGCUGAAGCAGAAGUAUGACCAAGGAGAAGAGGUGGAUCUUGUUAACGAAGGAGAUGUCAAUUCUAUUGCCAGCCUACUUAAACUCUUCCUGAAUGAGCUCCCAGUUGCUGUUCUCCCUGACAACCUGUGCGCCAAUAUUUUAGCUACUUUUGAAGAUAAUAAAAACUACAUGGCAGAAUGCACAAGAUGUCUAAAAAGGCUAUUAAGCAGCCUACCGAAAGCCCACUAUAGCCUUUUCCAUUUCCUUAUUAGAUUUCUGGUCAAAGUGGCAGCAUAUAGCGAUGUGAAUCACAUGACAAUGGAGAACCUCGCAAUUGUUUUUGGCCCCGCCCUUUUCCGAAUACCUUGCAGCCCCUCGGCUCCUGAAAAACAAACCGUAUGCAAUGCCAUUCUCCUACAUUUUCUUCAGCACCAUGAGGAACUAUUUGCGGACUGCCCUGACACUCAUUUCUCACUGACAGAGGCAGGUGACCCUCAGAUUCUCUCCCCUGCCCCACUGUCCCAAGGGCCGACACAACAGACAGAGGAAAUCCAUCAUCCAUAAUGUAUGCGACAAGCAACCUCAGACUGGCUGGCCCCUUCCCUCCACUUGGUGUCAGUAUUGCGUUUUUGAAUCUCACUGUUCCACUUGGUGGCAACUGGCUGGAUUCUGAUUCACAGUUUUCAAGGUCUUUUUUUUUUUACAGUUUGCCCCUUCUUCUGUUCACAUGUACAGCAAUGUCAUCAUGACUGAUUUAUAACAAGUCAAGGGAAAUGUUUGGAUAAUCAGAUGCUUGGGUACAUAGGUGUGCAAAUUUAUAUCCUUAAUGAAAACACUGAAAUGCAAAGAACAUUCAGACAAUGAAGCAUUAGGAACAUGAGCUAAAUGCCCCUCCGUAGCUCCUGUAAUGGGGGAGCUGUAAGACUCUGCAAGGGCUUCCUCUCAAGGAAAGGCCUUUUCGAAGCCUCACCACUGGGCAGGAAGAGCCUGGCAAACUCCACAAGGACUUCCAGAAUGCCUCCCUCUUGCUGAGAGGGAGGCAUUCCGGAGAGCUUUGCCACUGCCCCUAUCAGCCCCUAGGGAUGGGGAGGACUAGUUGCAAUCAAAAUAGGGGGUGAAUCAGUUCCUACUCUACCUCCUAUUUCCAACUAUAUGUGAUUAUUCCUUAGUAGCAUCUAUAACUUUGGCCCACUCAUUGAUUUGACACGUGAAAUGACUUUUAAAACAAACAGUUAAAUGUGCAUAGGCAGUAUCAUGCCAAACGCACAAAUCCUAUUGCUAACAAAAGUGUCUGACCUCUGUUGAUAAUAUUACUAUAGCUAUUGAGGGGUGGGUGGGUAUGUAUGUGUAUCACAACAAACGGCUCUUCCCCUUUUUUUCUGAAGGAUGGAUUCAAGGCUGGGCCUUUGGAUGUUGAUAAAUCUUGCCCCAUCCCUUUGAAAACUCUUUGGGGAUGACUGUCAAAUCCCUGACAUGUUUUUGGUUAUAGGAUGGUUACUGCCAUGCUCUGUCAGUUAAAUGUUACUAGCUGCACUUUCCCCCUUGUUUCUGGAAGGCUAAUGCUGUAGGCUGUAGUGUGAUUCUCUCUCUCUAGAUGCUGUUGUUUGCCAUCUGUCUCUCGUUUGUUCCAAGAGGACAAAUUACUCUAGGUUCUGUGCUAAUCCAAAGCAAUAGGCAGUAACAUUUCUACUCCCCUCCACAAAAUCUCUCCAGCCAUCUAGAACGAUGCACAAUUGGAAUAGUUUCCACUGAUAAUACCUUCGGAGUUUAGGAAAAUUGUUUCACAAAGAGAAGCAAACAAAGCUCGGGUGAAUUUCCACUGUGACUCUGCAAGAGAUGUCAUUAUAUCCCCGUUGUCUUUAUUUCUCGGUGUUCUGAAAGCACCUAGGAAUUAAGUGCUCUUGAGUAUGUGAGAAAGGGGAACUUGAGUGCAGUUUCUCACAUGUGCAUGCUUAAGUGUCUGGAGACAGAGCUCUGCAGAGAAUGACACAUUGCAGGCACAUUUUGCUACUGGUCAGCACCCCUCCAAGAAACCUUGGGUGACGGCUGUGGGCUGGGCCAGCAAAUGUCAAACUCUGAGUCAUUUCCAGAGCUGUUUUCUACCCCAUUGCUUUUCACUUGCUUACCUCUCCCUCCCUCCCACUUCUUUCCUUCAACCCAUUCCCAUUUUUCCAAAGAUUCCCUUCAUCCACCCCCACUCCUACUUUGUGCUUCCCAACAGAAGAUACAAGCUGCCUCCCACAGGGUCAGGCUUUUCCGCCACCCUAUUGACUUCAAAUCUGCCCAACACAGGCAGAAGCUUUGCCUCUGGUGGAAACUGUCUCCAUUUAAUGGGAGAGGCCAGCCAUUGAACUAGAAACCUGCAAGCUGUGGUCCCUCCUAUUUUCUGCUGGGGCUUCUCCUCUUGCUCCUAGAAUAGAGGCUGCAGUUGGUGUGGAUCGGAUUCUGACAGCGAAAGGUCAGCACAGCUGAACCAUGCCUGUCCACACCACCUUUCCCUUCCAUCUUCUACUGUUUUAAAUGGAUUCUCUUUUCUCCUAACUGAUUUCACACACACACACACACACACACACACACACACACACACACACACACACCUGUUUAUUUAUCCAGUGGGUGUCAUGUUAAUUUUAUACCCCGGGUGCCAGAUUCCGUUAGGCUCCCCCUGCAGACACGCACACACUCUUUUCUUGUUCCAAAAUACGGAGCCGUAUUUGGAAGAAUGCAAGAAGCCAGAUAUGGAGGCAGUCAAAAUUAAUUUCUCCCUUCCCCUCCCGCACUGCCAAUCUCUGGGAACAAAAUGAAUAGCUUUGACUUAGAAUCCUUUUCACUGGUCAGGUUGAGUGGAACCUUCUAAAAAUAACAAUAUAUUCUAUUUUGCUGCUGCUGUAACUACUGCACAAAUUCUUUUAUCAACACAGUUAAUAUUUGCAUAUUUCUCUUAGGAAAUAUAACAAGGAGUCUGCCAACUCCAUCGAGCAAAGGGAAUAUUUUCUGAAUUCAGCCGCUUUUUUAUAAUCAUUAUUUCUGCUUCAAGUCUGACCUUCACAUCCCUCAACACGAAAUCCAUGUCAGUAAAGUCCCUGUUAUUUGAUCUUACAUUUACAGGUGCUGCCUUUGCAUAGAGCAGUACUAGACAUUGCAAAAUAAAUAAAUAAAAUAAAUCAACAACCACCAAAAAACCAACAGCACCCCACCCCCCGGCUGAGUUUUCCUCUUCCUCUCUUUGGGAUUUGGCCUGCCUCAUUCUGGAUGUUGUUGGUUUGAGUGUUUCUCUGCCCCUGAUAGUCCUGUAGAAAUCGGGACAUGUGGUAAAUGGGAGCAGAUGUUAUAGAGCGGGGCAGGGGAGGAGGAAGAACUUGGCAUGGGGCUGCUCUUUUUGGCAGUAGCAGCUCUGUAUUUUGUAACAUCUAGGUACAAACACACACUGGUUCCACUUGGCUUGGUCCCAUGAGGCUGUUUUAUGUGUGUGGAUACUGCAGCCUCCCACACAAAGCCAGUGGCACAAGUCUUUCUCAGGUGACUUCAGUCUCAGUGGUACAGAUAAAUAACAGCUUGUGGGCAGAUACCUAGCAGCCCACCAACCCCUUUACAAUAUACCUCUGGUUGGUCUCUCUGAUCUUCUAAUGGGGCCUUUCUGAUACGAAAAAUGACGGGAUGCAAUUUUAUAGCAUCUUGCAAGCAGGCCUUUUCAGUAGUGGCACCACUCUCUGGAACAUAAACCAUGUGAUGUUCAUGUGGUAGCAGUACCUUCUGAAGACCCAUCAAUUUAUGCAGGCUUUCUCUGGCCUGUAAGCUUCAUUGCACUGCUCCAUUUUACUGAUGUAUUAUUUGCUUUUAUUGAUAUGUUUUUUUUGUAUUUUGGUUAACUGUUGUAAUAUAGAUCUUUUAAGGAUCUUACUGUUUCAUGUGAGCUGUUUAGAAACGUCACUCAUUAACUGGCACAUAGAUAUUAUAAAUAAAAAUGAAUAAUAUGGGCUGAAAUAUUUGUGGACUGUGUAAGUGUGUGUGUGUGUAAAUAUUCUCUGGGAGAGGUAGAAUUCACCAGGAGUUUGGGUGAGGGCAAACAAUAAUUUUCUCAGAAAACUCUCUCCUGAAAAAUAUUGGCUCACAUCAUCUUGAAUGAACCUCUGUUGUUAGUUCAUAUUGGUGAACUGCAUAAUCGUAUAUGUAGCCUGUGUGUGUACAUGUGCCCAGUUUUGAUGGAAAUAUAGAACUACACUCAUAUAUAUAUAUAUAUCUCCAUACCUUGGUGGAGGAAGUGUCUCCUCCCAGCUGAAGGGAUCAGUGCCUGCAUUUUCCUUCUACAGUCAUACCUUGGGUUAAGUAUGCUUCAGGUUGAGUACUUUCAAGUUAAGUACUCUGCGGACCCGUCUGGAAUGGAUUAAUCCACUUUCCAUUACUUUCAAUGGGAAAGUUCACUUCAGGUUAAGUACGCUUCAGGUUAAGUACGGACUUAUGGAACCAAUUAAGUACUUAACCUGAGGUACCACUGUACAGUUCUUCCACAUGCCAUAUACCCUCUUCAAUACCUAAGGAGGCCCUGAGCAUCUGCUGUGGAAUCCUUGCACAUAGCAAAGCCAGCAUGUACACUCAGGACAUGUGGGUCACUGACCAGGCCCCUUUGGGCCUCAUCAUUUUCCUGCACGAAGUGACCCCACCUAGCACUCUGCCACAGAUGUCCAUUAGAAGAGACCAGUAAUGGGUAAGCAAGCUGUUUUGAAGGGAAACUUCUCUGCCGUUUGUGGAAUGCCUAAUCAGGAACCACAGGGCUCCGGCAAUCUAGUAAGCACUGCAAUAGGAUGUAUUUAUGUAGUUAUUUACCGUGAAUUCUGCGAUAUGUUUAAAAAAUGAAUAUGUAACAGAUAUUGCUAAUAGUUCCACUUGUGAAGCCCUUCUGAUGUUGCUGACCCAGACUGAAAGCCACAACAGUCAUUUUGUCAGAUAUCGGAGAAAGAACCUAAGCGUCUUCUGGUUGCUAAGGCAACGCAAGAGUACAUUCCCCUCUCUUUUAUCUCCUUUAGCAAAUUUCGUUCUUUUAGCUUCAAGACUAGCCUAAGAUCAAAAGUAGUCUCUUCAUUAUGUACCACUGAGAUAGCUGCUUCUAAGGCAAAUUAACUGUUAAGUUGAAGUGUGUUGCAACCUGAAAUACUUUUUGUUUUGUUUUGUUUUGUUUGGAGGAAGGCCAUUGACUCUGGAGUGACUUGCUGGAGGAGAUAAGAUUAAGCCAAAGCAGAGAAAUUUCAAAGCACAUUACAAGGAUAAUCUCUAUUUGCAAAAUAUUCCAAAAGGGCAAAAGAAUUAACAUUUCUUAAAAAGACCCCUCCACUCAAUGCUGAAAAGCAUUCCUCUGUCUACACACACACAGUUCUUGUACAGUGGUAACUUGGGUUACAGACGCUUCAAGUUACAGAUGCCACUCACCCAGAAAUAGUACCUCGGGUUAAGAACUUUCCUUCAGGAUGAGAACAGAAAUUGCACAGCGGCGGCAGUGCGGCGGCAGCAACGGAAGGUCCCAUUAGCUAAAGUGGUACCUCAGGUUAAGAACAGUUUCAGGUUAAGAACAGACCUCCAGAACUAAUUAAGUUCUUAAUCCAAGGUACCACUGUACACAGUUUGGAAUAGUGUGUGUGUGUAUGAGAGAGAGAGAGAUUUGUUAUACUUCAUUUCCUUGGAAUUCUCGGAAUGUUUCAGAUAGCAAGAGCUGUUUGAAAGUGGAAUGGUCUCCCUCGGGAGGUUGUGGACUCUCCUUCCUUGGAGGUUUUUAAGCAGAGGUUAAAAGAUGGCCAUCUUCUAUGGAUGCUUUGGCAGAUAUUCCUGCAUUGCAGGAGGUUGGACAAGAUGGUCCUUGGGUUCCCUCCCAACUCUACAAUUCUAUGAUUGUAAUUGCAUUUGUUCACUCUAAAUUUGCUUGGCCUGUGCCCAGGAUAUAUGUAAGAACCCCUCCUUCCAUGUGAAUUUCUUCUACAUCUGAAUUCACAAGGGAAACCCUUUUGCCUUCACCAGGGUACCCAACAUUUCGGAAUAGGUGGAGGAUCUGGGUACAAAGCCAAAGCCCAUAGACCAGUGAUGGCCAAACUUGGCCCUCCAGCUGUUUUUUUAAAAAUCAUUUUUAUACGUUUUACAAGAAAAAACAAACAUAUAAACAAGAAAAAACAAACAAACAUGUAUACUUCUUAUAAAAUCAUAAUUUCUCUUAAACAGCGAUAUCUGACUUCCCCCAAUUCCCCCCAUCUGAAUUUCAUAUCAAAUCAUCUUUGGCAGUUCUAAAGAUCAAAACUUAAAUCUAAAAUUUAUUCUAGAAGUUAUACCUAUUUCCUACAUUUACACCGAUAGCCUCCUUCCACUUCCCUAAGGGGUAUUAAAUAUUGCAAUAAUUUUUAAAAUAUAACUUAAAUUUCUUCCAAUCUUCUUCCACCUCCCCUUCUUCCUGGUCACGAAGUCUUUCAGUCAGUUCUGCAAGUUCCAUAAAGUCUAUCAUCUUCAUUUGCCAGUCAUCUAUAGAUGGUAAAUCUUGACUCUUUCAAUUCUUAGCAAGUAGUAGCCUCGCAGCAGUUGUGGCAUACAAAAAGAAUGUAAUAUCCCCUACUAUUCCCAGUAAAAAGGCUUCUGGUUUCUUAAUAAAAGUGUCUUUCAACACUUUUUUCAGGUCAUUAUAAAUCUUUUCCCAGAAGUCUUUUACUUUGGGGCACGUCCACCACAUGUGGUAAAAGGUUCCUUCUUUUUCUUUACAUUUCCAACAUUUGUUAUCAGAUGUACAAUACAUUUUUGCAAGUUUUACAGAUGUUAGAUACCAUCUGUACAUCAUUUUCAUCAUAUUUUCUCUCAAUACAGUAUAUACAGUAAACUUAAUUCCUUUUCCCCACAACCUCUCCCAAUCUUCAAACAUAAUAUUGUGUCCCACAUCUUUUUAAUCAUUACUGAUUUCACCUGUUCAUCCUUCGUAUGACACUCCAACAACAAAUUCUACAUCUUUGAAAGAUUUUUAAACUUUGCAUCUAACACUUCCGUUUCCAAUCUGGAUUUAUCUGUUUGGAAACCGAUGUUAUUAUCAAUCUUAAACAUCUUAAACAUUUCAUUAAUUUCAAUCAAAAUACUUUAUUCGACCGAUAGUCAGAAAGAAAAACAUUUCUCAAUACAAUAUAAAAAUAUAAAACUUGAAGGCAUCAGAGGGAUACAUAAAUGAAGUAUGACCGCGCUACUGAACCUCCUACAGGUAACCCACAUCAAGACAUUCGAUUAUACGUUUCCGACACUUAAGUGCCAGGAAGAGGAAUUUAGCCACCGAGAAGGUUAUUUUCCCAGUGGGCUUGUUUAGCAAAUAUGCUGCCUGCCGUUGUCUUAAUUAAUUUGAUGAUAUUGUAACCUAUUAUUUAACUUAUCUUUGAGCUGAUCAUAAUGGCCCUCCAGCUGUUUUGGGACUACAACUCCCAUCAUCCCUAGCUAACAGGACCAGUGGUCAGGGAUGAUGGGAAUUGUAGUCCCAAAACAGCUGGAGAGCCAAGUUUGGCCAUCACUGCCACAGACAAUGCUCUCUGUUUACAUCCAGUGCCCAGCUAUGUGUUUACUAGUCUCCUGCCAGCAAACAAGACCACACACACAUCAGUGUAAUAUACUGUAGAGUUACAGUUGUCUGUAAGAACUGAAUGUAAGAACAGAUAAUUCAUGAUCUGUGGCCGCGUUAGACCACAUGUAUAACACAUACAUAAACAGUACAUUGUUUAAAGAAUUAGGCAGCUAGAAUGUGUUCUAGAAACAAUUUAUCCCAUUUGACAUGGGAAUGCUGAGAUUGAAGUUUCAAUUCUAGUCCCACUUAUUAGGAUUAAAUCCCAUUGACUUCAAAUGGAUGUCUGAAUAGACCCUGUUAACAUUAUGCUAGGAUAUGAAACCGUAGUUUGAUCCUGGAUUGUUUAAACAAGCCACAGUUCCCUGAGUUAGGGCGCCACAAGGAACUGUGGAACAGAUGCUUCCAUUUUCCUUUGGCACAUGAGAAGAAGGGGGAAUUAAUUUUUCAGGGCCUCCUUUCCUUCCACACAGACAUGAAUUAGUCCAUCAAUGAUAUAAAUGAAUAAGGGAGAUUGAAGCAAGUUCAUUUUAUUUUCUGUGGUAGUUUCUAGGAGCAGAGGGAAUGCAAAUUGUUUCAGAUUAUUCAUUUGCUCCAAAGAGUCAGCAUAGUGUGAUUAGAGUAUUGGACAAGGAAUGGAGAGAACUGCUUAUGAAGCUCUCACUUAGUGACCUUGAGCCACUCAACAUCUCUCCACCAAAAUGAUGCACGGAGUGCUAUGAAGAAAAAGAUGGAGGACAGGAAAAGCCAUGGAUACCGUCUUGAGUGCCUUAGAACAAGGGUAAUUACAUAACUUAUCUUUCAUAUAAAACCUACAUAUAUGCUGUUUAAAUUUUGAUGUAACAUUUUCUAUGUUGGCCACCUGAAUGAGUUGAGGCUGCUCAUGUGCCCCCUUUCACUCCAAAGUUUUGUUUUGGAGAUUGUUUAAUUGUAUCAGAGCUUUGGAAUCAAAGAAAAAGAAUAUUAAAUUGAACAAUGGAGAAAACUAGCUUGAAAUGCUUUCUGAAACAUUCAGAACAUCACUUUAGGAGGCCUUCAGGAGAGUGGGCCACAAUGGACAAUUUUUCUUCACAGUGCUACACAGCGUGGAACAAACUUAGAAGUCAGCAUUCAAACUAGUGAUAUUCAACGCAAAUGCAUUUUAAGGCUGAAUCUAGGUAGCCAUUGUGGUGCCGUUCAGAUGCUGUUGGACUCCAACUCCCAUCAGCCUCAGACAGCAUGGCCAAUGGAGAGGGUUGAUAGGAGUCCAACAGCAAUUGGUGAGAUUAAAUGCAUUCAAGAAAGACCACUCAACCUGCUUUUGUCCACUUUCAGUGCUCGAGCGCUCUUGCUUUUCUUCAGGGAAUCGGUUAAACUUUUAGAACCAUUAUCACCUUACUAACAAAUUGCUCAGUAGCCUUGUUAAUUGAACAGCACCACAGUGCAUUGGCAUGCACUGCGACUCUUUGUUGGAGCCAUGGUGUAACUCUGCACAAAGGACCAUCAUUAGCCUUGGGUUUAGCAUUUGUCACCCGGCAGAGCUGCGGGAUUGACUAGCCCAGCCAACAAGCUCCCAGUUGACAAACUUUUCAGAACAGUAUCGUUAGAUUAAACAGUUCAACCACUCUCCUUUUCAAAGGGAGAAGAUAAGGUCUGUGUGAACAUGUGUGUAUGUCAGGAAGCUGUGGAGUUUGGUCAGAGGAUAGUAAUAUGUGAAAAAAGAGAACGAAUGCAGAAAGGGCACCACUAAUAAAUAAUCCAUUAAUUUUCAUGGGCAUUGAUGUUAGUAAAUAACUAUUCCUUGAGAUGGACCAGGCAGGCAUUUCAUAAUUAUGACCUGUUGAGAUCUGAGGGUCCCCCCCCUUGCAAUCAAGUGGCAUAUAAAUUUUAUGAAUAAAUUUAUAAAUAAAAUUGCUGGUUGUUGUAAUCCAGCUCAGCUAUUUGUGUCUGUAAAUACUGCUGCAUUUAACCAUGGGCAAGACUGCAGCUUUCCUUUGUUUCCAACUUUUUGAUCCAUUCCAUUUUAAGACAGAAAUGGUAGAUGAGAGCUAUUUUUCAUGUACUUAUCUCUGCCUUCAAGUUAAUCCGCUGUUACUAGUCCUGAGCCCUUUGGUUUCCAUAGAAACUGCCGCAGCCUCCAACUGUGCAGCCCUCAGAGACUUAAUUGCAUUCCAAGUUUCAUAAACUUUCUAUUAACCUUCGCCUGGCAGACACAUGCGUGUUGCAAGAUAAUGAGCUGAAUUAAUAGUCCAAUAUGAUGGAUUUGAUUUUUCUCUCAACAGCAACCGGCCCCUCAAAUAUCCUUUUUUGGGGGUGGGGGUGUCAAUGAAUAUUAUCUGUAAAUAACUGCUGUGCCACCAUUACUGAUGGUUUGCUUGUUGUUUGCAAAAUGUCAGACAUAAAUGAAAGCAAUCCCAUCGGCAUUCAGAAAAUGGCCUCCAGUUGGCUAGCUAGUUGU